CCGCGCGGAUUAUGUUGACUGGCCUCGUACACUUUGCAUACAUAGGCUACGUAGAUUAUCGUAUUUUGAGUUGAACCGCCUGACUCCGAUUCUCUUGAUAGCGUUUAUAUUUACUUUUCUGAUGGGCUUAUGAUAACGGUUAGCUGCAUGACUGUAUACCAAGUAAGCCGACAUCAACCUGUUGCAAAGAUGAGCGUGUGUGAGCGGUUUUGGUAGCUGAUCGAACGAGCGAAAGAGCUCUAUAGUCGAGAGUCCAGUCUGCUGUAGACAUCCGUACGAAGUCCAGUUCCAUCCACGUUAUUCGGUAGUAGCAGACAGCAGCCAAAGAGGCGAGCGAAGUCCACUCUAAAGUCCAAAGAUUCCAGUCAUCUUUGACCUCAUCGUUUCGUCUGUCAGGACGAGAGGGGCUUCCAGAUUCAUACCGAAGUUCAUAGAGAAGUCGUCGACAUGAGUAUGAAUAAGAGUGAACCCGUUGAAGAUAUGGCCGAGCCUUUCCAAUUCCCAGGCUCAGUCAACCAGAAAGUUGUGCCACCGGCGUUGCUAUGGCAGGGAAAGAUCAUUAAUGGACAAGAACCUGACCUCAAUGGACAGCCCUCACAGUGCUCCAUCUGCGGCGACAGGGCGACGGGGAAGCACUACGGAGCGGCGAGCUGCGACGGAUGCAAGGGAUUCUUCCGCAGGAGUGUGCGCAAGAACCACCAGUACACCUGUCGCUUCUGCAGGGGCUGCGUGGUGGACAAGGACAAGAGGAACCAAUGCAGAUACUGCAGAUUAAAGAAGUGCUUCAGAGCUGGCAUGAAGAAAGAAGCUUGUUCUUCCACUCCAGCUGUUCAGAAUGAGCGGGACCGCAUCAGUACUAGGAGACCAAGCUAUGAGGAUAGUCUUCAGAAUGGAGGAGUCUCUAUCCCGCAGCUCGUCAACGCAGAACACAUGUCAAGACAAGUCAUCCCCAAUCCUGUAAACCUCCCGGACGGUAGCAUAGCAGGCAAGAAGAUAGCCACAAUGAACGAUGUGUGUGAGAGUAUGAAGCAGCAUCUCUUGGUUCUUGUAGAGUGGGCCAAGUACAUCCCGAGCUUCUGUGAUCUGCCUCUUGAUGAUCAGGUUGCCCUUUUACGAGCUCAUGCCGGUGAGCAUCUUGUCCUUGGGGCUGCACGGCGGUCUCUACCCUACAAGGACAUCCUGGUGCUAGGACCCGACGUGAUUCUUCCUAGGCAUUCCCAGGACCAGAUGGAUAUCCACAGAGUGGCAAGUCGUGUCCUUGAUGAGCUGAUCGCGCCCAUGAGGGACGUGUCUCUGGAUGAUCAUGAGUUUGCCUGCCUCAAAGCGAUUGUCUUCUUUGACCCAGAUGCCAAGGGUCUGAGUGAACCGAACCGUAUCAAGAUGCUUCGCUACCAGGUCCAGAUACACCUGGAAGACUACAUCAAUGACAGGCAGUACGACAGCAGAGGGCGCUUCGGUGAGAUCCUUCUCAUGCUGCCUCCUCUACAGAGUAUCACAUGGCAGAUGAUUGAACAGAUUCAGUUCGCCCGUCUCAUGGGCGUCGCCAAAGUGGACAACCUCCUGCAGGAGAUGCUGCUUGGAGGUUCUGCCAAUGACCCCUCCCAGCAACACGUUCCACCCAGCAUGCCGGGUAUGACUGCUCACCCCCCUCCGACCCCGCCCGGCGACCAACAUAGCCUUAAUGGUCAUCUCAUGCAUGCUGCUGCACACGGUAGCGUUCCUCAUCUCUCACAGUCCUCAGCUGCUACAGCUCAGGUGAUAGCAGACUUCAAACUGCAGCAAGCCAGCCAGGCCGCUGUGACUGUCCCCCAGACCCAUAUAGUAACCCAUCCUCCAGCCACAGCCACUGCCGGUCCUCCAGCCCCCGCUGCUGUUGCCGUGACCGUGCCCAUCCCCAAGCAAGAGAGGAACCAAAUCAAUGCCAUGCUCAAGGAGGAGGUGGUAUAAUGCCGAGAUGAAGGGGGCAACGCCCAUCUUUUUCUUCUCUUCUCCAUCUCUGAUUUUCGUCUCCGUCUGCAUCCAAAGUACUACUGGUGAAAAGUUUGUAUUACGAAAAGAGUACUUUGCUCUUAAAACACUUUUCACACUACAUUCCACUUUCAGGAGGAAGUUGAUCCAAGAUGGAGUACCAUCAUCCAGUUCAGUCUUCUUUUUUCCUCUGUCUGCAUCUUUGGUACUACCAGUAGAAAGUUGGUAUAAAGUCAUUGUUCAUGCGAUGCAUGUACACAACGUUCCACUGUGGAGGUGGUGUAAAAUUAAGAAGCGUCAUCCAUCUCAGUUUUGUUUUUCUCCUCUGUCUUCACCCACGGAACUACUGGUGGAAUGUGUGAACUUUAUAAAGUAAUUUGCUCUUUAUACACACUUUGUACCUCGCAUUCCACUUUCAAGAGAAGGUUCUAUCAGAUUGAGAGGCAUCUUUCAUCCUCAU